AUGAAAGAACUAAUAAGAGACACAGCCUUUGGGAAGCUCGUCCGAAUCUUGAGCGGUCGGCGGCUCUUGCUGUACCCUGAAGAACGAGACCUGGAAUUAUCCUUCAUGCAAGAACCGCCUGAUGUCGCGGCUAAAGAGGAGGUCGCUUUGCCAGAAAUUACUCGCAAUGAAAGCAUCAUUGUGCCCAAUAGAUUGGAAACUAUCAUGUCUCAGGCGUCUUACCGGUCACACCGAGGAUCCUGGCCGGUACCUGCUCCUCAAGACAAAAGGCCUAUAAUCGUAGGGUGGAGACCAGGUGAUAGUGAGAAUCCGCAAAACUGGAGUACUGUCAAAAAGUUCCUAGUCAGCUGCCUAGUAUGGAUCUUGACUUUUGCAAUCUACAUCGGCUCGGCUAUCUACUCACCAGGCAUUCCCGAUGUAGCGGAACAAUUUGGAGUCAGCAAUGUAGCUGCCACUCUGGGCCUUACACUGUUCGUGCUAGGCUAUGGCAUCGGCCCCAUGAUAUGGUCGCCUCUUUCUGAGCUUCCCAUGGUUGGAAGAAGUCCAAUCUACGUGCUGACGCUUUUCGUGUUUGUAUUCCUCAACUUCGCAGUCGUAUAUGCGAAAAAUUUUGGGAUGUUACUGGCAUUUCGCUUUCUGACUGGAUUAAUCGGCUCGCCAGCCCUAGCAACCGGGGGCGCUUCAAUGGCAGAUCUAUGGAGCCCCAGGGCUCGCGACUAUAUGAUCGUCAUAUGGGGUGCAUUUGCCAUCGCCGCACCAGUUCUUGGGCCCCUGGUUGGUGGAUUUGCUUCAUCUGCCAAUGGUUGGACGUGGACAAUCUGGCAGUUGAUCUGGGUCUCUGGGCUUGCUCUUGUUUUACUAUUUUUCUUGUUGCCGGAGACUUAUGGUCCAAACAUUCUUUAUCGUCGCGCACGGCGGAUGCGCCAAUUGAGCAAGUUAGAUGUUUACUCCGAGGCCGAGCUUGAGCUUCGCCAAAUUCCAUCUACGGAUAUCGUGUAUGAAGCUCUAGUUCGUCCAUUCCAAUUGUGCUUUCUAGAGCCAAUAGUUCUCGUCAUGAACGUCUACAUCUCCCUCGUUUACGGUAUCCUCUACAUAUGGUUCGAGGCUUUCCCUAUCGUCUUUCAGGAAAUUCAUGGAUUCAAUUCGGGUGAAAGCGGAAUGUCGUUCCUAGGAGUUAUAACAGGUACUGUAGCUUUUGCUAUCCCGGGCUACUUCACAUGGAAAUACUUCUACCAGUCGAAGCUGCUUGGGGACAGCGACGAGUCAUUCCCACCAGAAUAUGAGCUACCUCCAGCCUGUGUAGGCAGCAUCUGCUUACCCAUCUCUCUAUUUUGGUUUGGAUGGACCGGUAACUUCGAGUCUGUUCACUGGAUAGCCCCGAUUGCUGCUGCGGCGCUAUUCUCAGUGGGUGGAUGCUUGAUCUUUAACCCGAUAUUUUGCUACCUGGCCCGUGCCUAUCCAAGGUAUGCAGCAUCGGUGCUUGCCGGCAACGACUUCAUGCGUUCGUCGUUUGGAGCCGGCUUUCCCUUGUUCGCAGCUGCUAUGUUUCAUCAUCUUGGGGUAGGUUGGGCUUCAUUGUUACUUCCUGUCUAUCCCGCCCCUCCUUAUACCCCUCCUGUGGGCUUUGAUGGCAUCUUGGUUUUUGUCCUGUGA